AUGGAAUCCAACAACCACGUCUUCAAGACUUUAGAUCUUAUCUCAUUGUUCGCUCCUGAUCGAUCAACGGAUGGAAGCUCUGAGAGUGAUACGGGAUCGCAGAUAUCGAGCGAGAAGAGUAAGAACUCUUCUGGGUCUGAUGAUCAUAAGCCAAGGAUGGAGACGCGACGACGAAAGGCGAGCGAGAAGAGGAAGAAGAACGACAAUUCUCCUGGGUCUGAUCAUAGGCCGAAGAAGGAGAGGCGAAAAGACAUGGUGUUUUCGAAGACGAUUGAGAUGUCGGCGAUGUUGAGAGAUAGGAUUGAUGAAUUGGAUGGCUUUGACAUCCAAUAUGUGACUCAAAAGAGAUUGCAAGACACUGACAUGAACAAGAAUCACGGUCGGUUACUGAUUCCUUUUAAAAAACUAAGGAAUGAUUUUGCUUCAGAAGAGGAGAAGCAGCUGUUGAAACAACAUGAUCAAGAAGAUUUGAAAAACAAGAAUGGAAUGACAGUGUUGAUAAUCGAUCCUCAGUUAAGAAAUAGACACAUUGAGUUGAAAAUGUGGAAGGUUGGGCAACACGAUAGCUAUUGUCUGAUGUCAAAGUGGAAUUCGUUUGUCCAAGAAAAUUCACUGGAAAGUGGAGAUUACAUCCAACUUUGGAGUUUUAGAUCAAACAAUAUUUUCAUAGUUGGCCAUCAAAGUCAAGUGCCCGUCAACUCCAAUCUUUGCUUCGCUUUAGUUAAACUUGACAUCUCGGAGGGAAUUUUUAAGUUUAUUUGA